AUGCGUGUGAGUAUACAGACUCUGGCCCUCGCCUCCUGGCUCACCGGUUGUCAUGCCUCGCAAGGACCACUCGCCUCCCGUGACACUGACGUCCCGACUGUGAGUCUGGCCAACGGCACGUACAUUGGUCGUCACAGCCCCGAGUAUAACCAGGACUUUUUUCUCGGCUUACCAUUUGCUCAACCCCCGGUUGGUGCUCUUCGUUAUGUCGCCCCGCAGUCUCUCAACUCGACCUGGGAGGAGCCGCGAAACGCGACAGCAUAUGGACCCGAGUGUAUCGGAUAUGGAUUCGAUCAGUGGAUCUUGGGCAACUACAUCAGUGAAGACUGCCUCACGCUCAAUGUUGUGCGACCCGAGGGUUAUGAUGAAGGGGAUGACUUGCCGGUCGCGGUGUGGAUCCAUGGAGGAUCUUUCAAGAAUGGCGGUGGCGUUGAUCCCCGCUACAACUUGUCCUUUAUCGUGGAGCAGUCUGUACAGUCAAAUACGCCAAUGAUAGCGGUGAGCAUACAGUACCGGCUCUCCAACUGGGGAUGGCUGUUUAGCGAAGAGCUGUCCGCGAUCGGUGCCGGCAACCUUGGACUGCGAGAUCAGAGACUGGCACUGCAAUGGGUACAAGACAACAUCCAUGCAUUUGGCGGCGAUCCAUCACAAGUGACAGUCUGGGGCGAGUCUGCUGGUGCCUUUUCCGUCGGUUACCAUCUCAUGGCCUACGGCGGACGGGACGACGGCUUGUUCCACCAGGCCAUUCUGGAGAGCGGUUCGGCCGCCGCAGUCGAUCUCACCAACGCUACGCAGUGGCAACCUUACUUUGACGCCGUAGUUGACACUGUGGGGUGCAAUGGGACGGCAGAUGUGCUCGAUUGCCUGAGAGGCCUUCCCUGGGAGACGCUCAACGACGUCUUCAACUCGACUACCUUUCCUAUCAGCACGCCCGGAAUUGGUGCUCACAUUGAUGGAGACAUUAUACUCGAGCAAGGGUACACGUCACUGCGCGAGGGCCGCUUCAUCAAAGUCCCCGUGCUGAUGGGCAUCAAUACCGACGAGGGAGCCUCUUUUGCAACACAAGGCAUUAACACGACAGAACAAUUCAUCAACUUUGUCAUUAGUACGGGGGCUGACAAUGCGACGGCAAACGCCACGGCCGAGGUCUAUCCCGACAUUCCCGACCAAGGUCUACCUGCAACUCUCAAAGGCCGCCCCGAGGCCUACCCGUGGGGUCUUCAGUGGAAGCGCAUGGUUGCCUUUUACGGCGACCUCAUCUUCCACGCCGGAAGACGCAUGAUGGCCGAGGCGUAUGCUCGUGCGGGCACGACUGUGUACUCGUACCGCUUCAAUGUGCUGGUCAACGGCAACCUGGCCCAGCAGGGAUCGAACCACUUCAAGGAGGUUGGGUUCGUUUUUCACAACACCAAGGGGGACGGCUAUAAUCAGCCCGGAGGCUUGCUCAACCCUUUUGGCGGCAAGGGCCCAGAGUUCUUUGAGCUCGCGGACAUUAUGAGUGGCAUGUGGGUUGCAUUCAUCACGAGCGGUGACCCAAAUACCUACAAGAACUACAGCUCUCACUCCUCGUGCUCCAAAUGGCCUCUCUAUACAGUAGACAGCCCGCGCAACGUCGUAUUUGACGUCAAUGUGACUAGCCGGCUCUACCCAGAGCAGGAUGACUUUCGCCGACGCGAAAUCGAAUUUGUGAACGACAACUGGCGUCUGUAG